AUGUUUGGAGCUUUUAAAACGACCAUGGUCACCCUUGGUGGUUUAUUAUGGAAAAAUCCAUCAAAGAUGAGUAGAACUCGUAAAGCAAAUGUACGUAAAAGAUUAAAAGCUGUUGAUAGAGUAAUAAGCGUGUUAGUUAAAUCAGGUGUAGAAUGUAAAGCAUUGGAAGAACUUAAGAAAUUACCAAAAGAAUCAAAAAUGAAACCAAGAGAUAAGUAUACAGUUUUUAGCAGAACUUCGAAACAUUAUAGAAAAUCAUUUCAUAAAGUACCAAAGUUCACAAAGGUUACAAUGAGAACAUCUCCGCCUGGAUUCUAA